UCUGAAUUGAAAUCGCAGCACCUGCGAUGGCGCCGCGCGCUGCAUCUCCGUUUGCCUCGCCUCGGCCGCUACGGUCGCCACGUUCACCUGCGAAGGCUGUGAAGCGCAACAUCUCCUUGGCUGAUCUGGCCGAUGCUGAUCCGUCGCCAGACUUUCUGGAUGAGAGCAGGGAGCAGCUGCGCAAAGAGGCCACCAGCCUCCUGAACGAUGCUCAGGAGGCUAUGGAUGGAGACGCCAUGCAGGCAGCCGAGCGAGCAGCGACCGAUGCCUUGAACCUCUUCAGGGAGAUAGGCGACAGGGGCGGCAUCGCGAGAUCGUUGAGAUGUAUAGUUAGUGCCUACCAGGCCCGGGAGGAAUUGGAGAACGCUUAUCUCCGAGCCUCCGAGGAGCUAGACAGGUGCCGCAACAAUGGGAAUCAGCUCGGAGAGGCAGCCAUGAUGAUGUCCCUGGUGGAGCUGAAGAUGUUGCAGGCGGUGAAGCCAAAGGAGGUCGUUUCUAUGGCCAAGGCCGCGCUGGCUCUGGUCCAGCCGCUGCAGGACAAGCCGUUGAAGGCAGAGGCGCUUCUGACGCUCGCGCAAAGCUACGAGCAUGCGCAGAAGAGCGAUCACAUGAUGCGGGCUGCCCGCGCAGCCUUGGAGGCCUUUCGCCAGCUUGGGGACAAGCGAGGGGAGGCCAAGUCGCUGCACUUCAUGGCUCUGGCGGCGGGCCUCUGCAACGACAUGAAGGAGGCGGUGCGAUGUUCCAAUCAGGCCUGUUCCAUCUACCGUCAGAUGGGCUUGCAUUUUCAGGAGGCUGCAGAGCUGAUGAGCCUAGCCGAAUGGCACAAGAUGAACAAGGAUGAUGGGCUGAUGCUGCAGGCUGCAGAAGAUGCCAUGGCGAUCUACCGCCGCCAGAACAGCCUGCUUGGGCAGUCAAACGUGCUUCGUUUGCUUGUCAAAGCCCACUGCUUGAUCGAAGAUGAUCAGAAGGGCUUGGAAGUGGCAGAAGCGGCCUUGAACGAGUUCCGUGACCAGCACUACAAGCGCGGUGAGGCCAUCGCCUUGGACCAGAUCGGCUCGGUGCUGUACGGCAUGAGGCGGCCCCAGGAGGCGCUGGAGGCGGCCACGGAAGCGCUGGACCUCAUCAAGUCCCUCGAGGAUUUGCCCUGGGAAGCAAUCAUGCUGCAUUCGGUGGCAGCCUUGCACUGCACCUUGAAGCACUACCCCGAAGCGCUACAAGCUGCUCAGGAGGCCAUAUGGAUUUUGGAAGACAUUGGUGAUCGCAGCGGACAGGCGUAUGUUCGCCUCAACACCAUCUUGCAAGUGCAGACCCAGCUGCAGGAGUAUCCGGAGGCCCUGAGCACUGCAGAGGAGGCCGUUGCCAUUUUCAAGGAGAUCAAGGACCGCCGCGGCGAAGCCACUGCCCUGCUCCUGGCCGCGAAUGUCUACAAAUCUGUGGGCGAGCUGGAUGAGGCCGAAAAGUGGCUCCAAGAGGCACAGGAGAUCUUCACAGACAUGGGAGAGAGACGACUGUUGGCACAAGUGAUCCACAGCAUGGCCAAAGUCCACAUCGCCAAGAAUGAGCCUGCCGAGGCUGUGCGGCUUGCGUACGAAGCCCACUCUCUGUGCAAGAGAGCUCGUGACAAGCCCGCAGAGGCUGGCACUUUGCUUUUCACGGUGGAAGCACAUUUGUCCUUGAUCGCGCAGUUGGUCGAAAACGGCAGGGUGCGCGGCAGCCGCGAACUGGAAGAGCAACUCUCUAAGGCGGAGAGGGCUGGCCAAGCGGCCAAGAAGAUCGCGGACAAGCUGGGGCACAAGCAGACGAUCGCCGACUGCUUCUAUGCCAUGUCCGAAGUCAACCUCGUCAGCGGCAAGUACCAAGAGGCGUUGGAUGGUGCGGACGAGGGGAUCAAGAUCUACCAAGAUGUUGGCUACGCGCUGGGCGAGUGCACCUUCGUGAACAUGAAGGCGCAGGCACUGCUGGUGAGCGGAAAGAACGACGAAGCCCUGGUGGCAGCCAAGGAAGCUGUGAGCAUGGCGAAGGCGAUGGAGGACAAGUCUCUGGAAGCACUUGCGCAGGAGAUCCUUGAGAAGGUGCUGCAAGGCCAGGGCCAGCCCCAAGGCCCAAGACAGCCCCAGAUGCCCUUGCCGCAGAUGGAAGAGGAGCAGGAGGAGGCGCCCGCGGCAGCGGCAGCAUCAGAGGUGGUGGAGGAGAAGCCGAAGGGCUUAGAGCCGGCUAUUGUCCACGACAUGUUGCACAACAUGCUCCGGGAGAUGAUGGGCUCGGAGAUGGAAGCUGAUACGCCCUUCAUGGAUGCUGGAGUCGAUAGCUUGAUGAGCAUCGAGUUCAGGAGUCAGGUGAACUCGGCAUUCUCUGGGUUGGGCCUGUCUUCAACGCUCACGUUCGACUACCCAACCAUCCGCGAACUGACAGGGCACAUUGUUGAGAAGAGCCACAACCAGUGACGCGAAGAGCACGGCCUGUGAUACCAGGUGUCACUGGGAUACGCGCAGCUGCUUUCCACCGGCUGAACAGCCCUCAUUGCGUCAUGCGCAGCUGUUU